GAUAAAGAAGAUUACUGGGAAGCUAUUAAACCCCUUAUUGUGAUACAGAUGGAUUUAAAAAAGUGUUAGAUCAUUCCGAUGAACACUAAUAGAGUGCUCUGCUCUUGGUUGGAUUACUCAGAGAAUGGCAGUGGUCUCUGCAAUGUCCUGGGUCCUGUAUUUGUGGAUAAGUGCCUGUGCAAUGCUGCUCUGUCAGGGGUCCCUCCAUCACACUUUCCAGCAGCAUCACCUGCACAGACCAGAAGGAGGAACGUGUGAAGUUAUAGCAGCACACAGAUGCUGUAAUAAGAAUCGAAUUGAGGAAAGAUCACAAACAGUAAAAUGUUCCUGUCUACCUGGGAAAGUGGCUGGGACUACAAGAAACAGACCUUCCUGUGUUGAUGCUUCCAUAGUGAUUGGGAAAUGGUGGUGUGAGAUGGAGCCCUGCCUAGAAGGAGAGGAAUGUAAGACAUUGCCUGAUAACUCUGGAUGGAUGUGUGCGACUGGCAAUAAAAUCAAGACCACCAGAAUCCACCCAAGGACCUAACAGAGCGCCGUCUUCAAGGAGACAGUGAAAGCCCUGCUGAUUUAUGAGGACAAAGUAUUGAAAGUUUAAAACCAUCUCAGCAUUUACAAGCCAAAUGGAUUUCUUAUUUGCACUUUGACUGUUUACCAGACAACAACAGUGGCUUUACUGUGUGAAAGCAAGUAUUCAGUGGAAAUAAUGCCCCUGAUUUUUGACAGCUGAAAAUAAAAAUGAAGAAAAUGGUUCCUUUGGUAAAGUUUCCGAGGUUGCAAAGUACAAACAACAAUCUAAGUUUGGAUCUACAAUUUACUUUAUACCAGUUAAAGUAUAUAUAUAGAAAUAUAUAUAUAUAUUAAUAUAUGAUAUUUUGAAAUAAAAGCCUCACUCUUCAAGAAAUUGAAUAGUACCACACUUUGCUGCAGCUGCUGUAAAUUUUUUUCUUCUUUUUUGUAAUGGUCUGGAAGAUCCCUACGUGUUUCAGAGAGAAAUGUGGCAGUGAAGAGGCAAAGCAAACCUGCUGCGGUACAAGGAUGCCUAAGAGCUACACGAAUCCUACCGAUGUGGCAUCCAGAGCUUCCUGUUCCCUUUGGCAGAAUGUUGAGGGCAUUUGUUGUUCCACUUUGUGUUCUGGAGGCUUUUCCCCUUGUGCAAUACUAGCAUGCUGGCUUUGCUUCAUUAACCAUACUUGAUUGAUAUAUAACAAUGAUAAUUCUAUCCUCUUUCAAGAAAAUAUUUUUAGAGCUGUUAGAUAUUCCAUGAAGAAGAGAUGGACAGCUACUGAGUGAAGUACAGUAUGUAUUAAAGGUUUAUUUGGCAGAGUUUGGUAGACUGUGAGCUCCCUUCUUAUUAAAGGUGUACUGUACGU